AUGAAAAGACAGCAUAUCGUGUACGUAAAGAAUAAUAUAUUUGAAUGUUGCCAUUGGCAGCCGGUAUUUAAUCCAUGCUUCGCACAGCAAGAAACUGUCGCAGCCAAGGAUGGGUUAAAUAAAUUGGAGACAGAUUUUGAGAGCAAAAGCAAAUUUCCGAGUGGACUUCUAAAGAUGAGAGGACCACUAAACACAAAACCUUACUGUGGGAUCUACUUAGGUAGGUUCGUUUGCGACGGAAAUGUACAGUGGAGGCGGAAAAUUAGGGAUAAAUGGGAACAGAUCACACAUCAUAACCAGGGAUCUGGCCCCUUCGCGGGUCCAGUGGUCGAUAUCAGUAAGCAAAUAAGUGAUAAAAAUGUUCUCAAAGAACCCAUGCAACGGAAGGUGCGAGGAACGAUAAGCGGACGCGGUUAA